AUCAAGAUGGCGGCCGCUGCACGAGGCCGUGGUCGAGGCAGAGGUGGAUUUGGAGUACCAAAGCCGGGCAAAUCGGGAGAAAAAUCUGAGCAGCAAGCUGAUAUUUCAACAGAAAAAUCGUCUAAUGAAUUUGAUUUGACAAAGGUGCUGAACGAUCUAGGGGAAAACACUUUGGACACACAAGUUAAGGAAAUUUCUCACCACAUUUCACAAUCUAGUUCAUCGACGAAACUCAAGGACGUCGUUGAUCAUUUAAUUCAGCGGACGAUCAAGAAGAGCGAUUUUGCACCUCUAGCUGCCAAAGUAGCCAACAAGCUUUGCUCUGAUGAAUCAUUUGGAAUUGCAUUUAGAGGCGAUCUGUUGAAAUCUACUCAAGAACAGUACAAGAAGAGAGAAAGUAUUCGUGCGAACUCCACAAGCGAAUGGAUCGGGCUAGCGUGUUUUAUUUGCGAACUUUUUCGUCAUCUUCGAACUGGUGAGGCUCCGUUAAGACCCCUAGCAGCAGCGGUACACCAGACGUUGAGUGAGCUAUUAUCGAGUGAAGGACAGAACGGCAAUAAUGAUGAAGAGCUCGAAGGAGAUGAAAUAGACUGUUUUUAUGAGAAUUUUAAAGGUGUAGGAUUUCUUUUGGAGACCGUUAAUCAGGAGAAAGCAGAGGAACUCUUGGGAAUGAUGAGAGACACUAUACUCUCUGAUAACUCAUCUGCCAAAACAAGAUGUCUGUUACUGGAAAUGCUUGAGUUCCAUGCAAGACAAGGGAAAAUUUCUUCAAAAGUUGAGGACUAUUUUAGUGAUAAACUAGCUGAAAUAAUGGCCAAUGAAUUAUAGUAUUAUUUGAAACUUCAGAAAUCUGGCAUAGCAUAAAUACCUUUUGUUUUGGAAUACACAAAUAUGAAAACACAAGAAAUAAAGAUCUUUCACCUUGGGAAAUUGCAUUUCUUUAGGAAGUACAGAGUAUUUAUGUUAAAUUUUUUAUCUUGGUUAAUACAAUGUGUGUAGUUUCUUAGGAAAUAACAUAUGAUCAUUUGUUCACAAGUGUUUCAAAAUCUUAACAGACACUUUACUGCACAUGUGAACCACUUUGUAUCACUGCAUAUGGUAAUAUAUGAUUUUGUGACCAAAACACAGGUUGGGUGGCUCAAGUUAUAACCUUCGUAAGGCCACUUGUGUUCUCUGGAAAUAUAUUUCAGUCACAGUGCCUCUCUCCACCCAAGAACAUGGGGGGGGGCAUCUGUAUGCAAUGGACUAGUAUUCUAUAGAUGGGGAGUACAGUUCGGGACUCAUCUGGCCUAGCCCAAGCUUUUAUUGGGAAAGAACAAUUAUAGAUUACUGUUUAAGGGCCUUACAGAGAAGCGCAAAUAGUUCCUCUCCACCCAGCAUAUGACCUAUUGAAAUCAAUAAAGUAAGAAGAAAGAGAGAGGGCUAAAGUUUAUUAUAUGAUAAAAUGCUUAAUGGUGGAGUAAGGUCGAAUCGGAAGGGAAAACAUUUGGCUUGGGGCCAUAUCGUAUGGACCUCCAGCUAACAAUUCUCCUAUCCAGUCCUCCCUUUAAGUCACUUAACACGCGGUAUUUUAGGUUAUUGAGUUGAAAUUCUUUACUUUCAUCAACUGCAUGUGCAAAGAAACUAAAGAAAGAGAAGACUUUCGCGUAGGAGACCUUUAAUUUACAUCU